CGGGCCCCUACCCCCAGGGCAGGUCCAGGCAGGCACCACGGAGGGGGCGGGCUGAGGAGGACACGCGCGACACCUCAGGAGGUAUCCACGCCUCCUCCGAUGUGGUGGCGAAGGCUGGGCCGCGGCCGCCCCCGCCCCCGGGGACACACCCAUCCAGGAGGGGCUGUCAUAGGAAUGGCUUCUGCGGGAGAUGUAGGUCCGAUUAGCCCCCUGGAGGGCGGGGUUGGAAGCAACUUGUUCUGGUGCCCCAGCCUGCUUUGUGACCUUGGGGGGGUGGGCGUCUCUGAUCUUUCCCUGAUCUGCAAAUGGAGGCCGGCUGGGCUGCUAUGCUAAGUCAUCCGUUGCCAGUAGGACAGAGUCUGAACUGCUGGCUUCUCGCUGCUGAUCUCACCUUUCACCUGAAGAGGCCAGUGAAUCCCUCAUCCUCUCCUCCCACCCAUUGAGUCUCCCAAGUGUCCACAAUCUGGUUGUGCUUGGGCCCCGCCUCUGACAUUCUCUGCUGGCCUGGUUCAUGUAUGCUGAAGACUGGACUUCGUGAAGACUUGCUCCCAGGGAAGAUGGCAGCUCUUCAUACAACUCCAGAUUCCCCAGCUACCCAGCUGGAGAGGGUAGAGGAUGGGUCAGAGUGUGAUUUUGACCAGGAGGAGGAAGAGGAAGAAGAAAAGGGGAAAGAGGUGGAGGAGGAGGAGGAGGAAGAAAUAGUAGUGGAAGAGGAAGAAGAGGAGGACAUGGCAGAGGUGGUGGAGGAGGAGCAGGUGCAGGAGGUGGCAGAGGUGGAGGUGGAGGCAGAAUUGGAGGAAGAAGAUGACGAUGACAACGACACGGAGGAGGUGAUGGCAGAGGAGCAGAGUCCGGGGUUGGGGACCCCUGAGUGUCUUAGCCAUGGUGGUGAUGCCAAGUCCCCAGUUCUUCAGGAAGAGGCCCUGCAGGCUUCCCAGGUUACUGCUCAGGAUGAGGAUCUGGAGGAAGAAGAGGAGGAGGAGGAGGAGGAAGAAGAAGAUGAGGAUGAUUUUCUUACAGCUGGGUCUCAGGGACUAGUGACCUUUGAAGAUGUGGCUGUAUACUUCUCUCUGGAGGAGUGGGAGAGGCUGGAUGCAGACCAGCGGAGCCUCUACCAGGAAGUGAUGCAGGAGAACUAUGGGAUCUUGGUGUCCUUAGGAUACCCAAUCCCCAAGCCAGAUCUGAUCUUCCACCUAGAACAAGGGGAAGAACCUUGGGUCCCAGAUAGCCCUCACCCUGAGGAGGGAGAUAUCGUCACUGGUGUCUACACAGGAGCCUGGUUCUGGAAUGACGAUAUAGAGGACCACGAGGAGGAAGAUGAUGAGGACUUCCUGGCAGAGAUGGCGGAGGAGGAGAACGAGCCACCAGGGCUAUGGUCAGCGGCCUAUGGCGUGGGGGAUGUCCCUGGGACGUGGGGCCCUGACGACUCGGAUUCAGCCCAGACUCCAGAGGAGUGGGGGCCGGACCCAGGCAGCCUCGGGGUCCUGGCGGAGGAAUGUGAAGCAAAGCCCUUCCUACCUGGCCGGGAGCCAGGCGCGAACCUUCUGGCUCCCUGGUCGUUCUCCACUGCAGUGGCUGCUCCCACAGGGCGGCCUGAGACCACUUGCGAUGUAUGUGGCAAAGUAUUCCCACACCGGUCGCGGCUGGCCAAGCACCAGCGCUACCACGCGGCUGUAAAGCCCUUUGGCUGCGACGAGUGUGGCAAGGGCUUUGUGUACCGCUCACACUUGGCCAUCCAUCAGCGCACACACACUGGCGAGAAGCCCUUCCCCUGCCCGGACUGCGGCAAGCGCUUUGUUUACAAGUCGCACUUGGUGACGCACCGGCGCAUCCACACUGGCGAGCGGCCUUAUCGAUGCGCCUUCUGUGGCGCGGGCUUCGGACGCCGCUCUUACCUGGUGACACACCAGCGCACACACACGGGCGAGCGGCCCUACCCGUGCCCACACUGCGGUCGCAGCUUCAGUCAGAGCUCCGCACUCGCGCGGCACCAGGCUGUCCACACUGCCGACAGGCCUCACUGCUGCCCUGACUGCGGCCAGGCUUUCCGCCUGCGUGCCGACUUUCAGCGCCAUCGGCGUGGCGGAGGCUGUACAGAACCCAGUGGUGACGGCCCGCGACAGGAGUCCAGCGAGGUGGCUGUCACAGUGGGACCUGAGGAGCAGGAAGCUGGGCCAGAGGAGCCUGAGGAGCCUGAGGCCGUUGAAACAGAUGGAGACCCCGAAUCGGAGGCCAGAGAGGAGGUGGCGGCGACAGCGGAGGCGCCUGCUCCGGAGAGCAAGAAAGACCCCGAGCCAGACAGGCGGUUCCUGGAGAUGGGCAAUGGCCUGGGGGAGGGCGAAGGCCCUUCCUCGCACCCACUUGGUUUCCACUUUCCUGUGCACCCCAAGUCUUGGCUCCACCCUGAUGGCUUUCCCAUCCUUGGCCUCCCAAACUUUGGAGAACGGCUACCGGCAGACGGGCGUCCCUUGCAGGGACCUUUGGGAACCCCACUGUCCCUAGUGGAGGGCACGGGGCUGGCCUGCGACCCUUUUGGUGGUGGCAGUGCUGGAGGCGGUGGUGGUGGACUGCGUACCUUUGGGCCCGCAGUUGGAGGGCUACUGGCAGAGCCGGCGCCCGCUGCGUUGGCAGAGGAGGAGAGCCCGUGGAUCUGCUCGGACUGUGGCAAGACGUUCGGGCGCCGCGCCGCACUAGCCAAGCACCAGCGCUACCACGCGGGCGAGCGGCCUCACCGCUGCGCUGACUGCGGCAAGAGUUUCGUGUAUGGCUCGCAUCUGGCGCGUCACCGGCGCACGCACACAGGAGAGCGGCCCUUUCCAUGCCCGGAGUGCGGGGCUCGCUUUGCCCGCGGCUCACACCUUGCAGCGCAUGUGCGCGGCCACACUGGCGAGAAACCUUUUGUGUGUGGUGUGUGUGGUGCUGGCUUCAGUCGCCGCGCUCACCUGACGGCGCAUGGGCGAGCACACACGGGCGAGCGACCCUAUGCGUGCGGCGAGUGCGGCCGGCGCUUUGGGCAGAGUGCCGCGCUGACACGGCACCAGUGGGCACACGCAGAGGAGAAGCCGCACCGCUGCCCCGACUGCGGCAAAGGCUUUGGCCACAGCUCGGACUUCAAGCGGCACCGGCGCACGCACACAGGAGAGAAGCCCUUCCGUUGCGCCGACUGUGGCCGCGGCUUCGCACAGCGUUCCAACCUGGCCAAGCACCGGCGUGGCCACACUGGUGAGCGGCCUUUCCCGUGCCCCGAGUGCGGCAAGCGCUUCUCACAGCGCUCGGUGCUCGUGACCCACCAGCGUACGCAUACAGGCGAGCGACCCUACGCCUGUGCCAACUGCGGCCGCCGCUUCUCGCAGAGCUCACACCUGCUUACUCACAUGAAGACGCACCGUGGUGCGACUGGUGCGCCAGGGCAGGCAGCAGCGGCGGCCCCGGCGCCUAAGGCCGAGGCACCCACCAAGGGACUCUUGAGUGCUAAUGCGAGUUCCGGGUCAGGGGAGCGCAGUAGCACCUUGCUGGAGUUCGCUGGUGGGACGAGCUUCGGCUCGGAGCCUGCGACUGCAUUUGCGGGGCCCUCGGGUACCUAUGAGGAAAGCAUCAUGUGAGGGGCCCAAGGCAGGAGGAAGUGCAACCCUCUAGGUCACCGGCCCCUCUCCUGGGCGGCUCGGGCGCAGGCUGCUGCGGGCCUGCCCCUUACCCUUCUGGCCUGGGAGUGGGGCCGAGGGUUCCAGUCCUGCGUGUGGUGCCUUCCUUCAGCCCUGGGUGUACUGCCUUCCGCCCCACCGCCUCGAGUUUCUUUCCGCCAGGCCCCAGAGGAGGGCGCCGUUGCCCUGGAGCACGAAUGGCUGUGUGGGGCGUGCUCUGGAGAGCGCAGCAGCGAGUGGAGGCCGCCAGGGCUGGGAUCUGCCAUCCCUGACAAAGACUGCAACAUCUCUGGGUCUAUGCUGCCAGGCAGGGCAGUAGGGAUGGUGGGCGAGGCUAUUUAUUUUACUGGGAUUCCAAUUUGGGUGGCCCAGGUAAGUGACUUAGGAGUUUGUAACUGGGUUUUACAUCGAGGUCGGAGAAGCCCUUGUGUUGGGGAGGGUGGGCUGGUCGAAGUAAGAGCAUCCGGCUGCUGGGGUGGGUCAGUGUCAGGUCCUGGCUUCUGGUGGGUUCAGCUGAGAUCUUCUUUCAUUCCUUAGUGGGAGAUUCAGGGACCUUUCAGUGUUUUGUGUGUAUCAGAAAGUUUUAAGAACUGCGUGGGUGACAAAAGGAAGCCUUAUAGGUUUCCAAAGAACGGUGUUCCUCAAUAAUCCAGGAAGGAAAUGGAAAAGCUUUGAUUCUGUCAACUGUGGAUAUUUAUUUCUGUCUCUUGUAUGGCCUGAAGAAUGUGGGAGGACAAAAAGCCAGAAACCAAAUUUGUGGCCAGGGCUGAUGGGUUAUAGAUAUUCGCAGGGUCCCCAGAGAGUUUGAAGCCUUAUUCUCUAAAGUUGUUCACUCGCCUCACUCCACCAUCACUGAGAUCAGCCAGGCGUAGCCUUGGGUGGGUUUUGAUCUCAGUUUCCCAAGUAAGUCCUUUGGUCCUCCCACCUCUGGCAGCUGGAGAUGGCACACUCAGACAUCCUUGGGACACCCCAUUCAGGCUCUUACACACCUGGGUCCUGACUUUCAAUUCUCCGAGCUGCCACGUCUCCUGGAGCGGGGGGAUACAUGGAGACCUGCCCUUCUGAGCUCAGUGCUCAUUUAUAUUAAAGCACUGAGAUUGGUCCAAGGACCUUCCCCAUGUCCUAUACUUAGGGCCCUACAACCUUCACAUGUCCCUUUGACUUUGCUUCAGUCAUUCUACACUAGAAACGAGUAGUGUUUCUGUCUAGAUUCACAUUUCACAGAUGGGUCAGUGGAAGCACUGAGGGUUUGGUGGCUUGCACAGUGGCUGCCCACAGGGUGGGGACCUGAGCCCCUAGCUCAGUGAUAAACUAAGCACCCCCCUAUGCAAGGCCCCUGCCUGGUGGAUGCCUCACCCUCUAGACUGGACUGUUGGAAGCCACUGGGCAGCAGCUGAGGCACUUCUCAUGUGAGGCCCCCUCCCUUUGUGCUUUUUGGGCCAGUGUGAUUGGGGCCAGAGAACUGAGAUUUUUAAAGUGACUGCAUUCCCUUAGACCUAGUUCCUUCUGUUUUAGUGUAGACAGGCCUCAGGGGCUGAGAGCCAGCAGCCAGGCUGCUAGGGGCUGGGUGGGGUAGGAGGCGUCGUAGUUGGUGGGAGGGAAAGGGCCUGGGUGGUGGUGGUAAGAACUAGCCUGGCCGGAGUGAGGUGGUGGGGUGGGGUGGUGAGGAGGAUAGGGGUCCCAGGGAGGGACCUAAGCAAUGGCCUCUCUGUUCCAGGUUUCUUCUCUCCCCAUGUCUUCUGGGACAUGAGCCUCAGGAAGGGUCAAAGGCUGGGGGAGGUAGGGGUUGGGGGUGUCUCUGACCUUGCCCUAGUGGCCAGGGCCUGGCACUGUGCCCGUCCCUCCUGAGCCCCAGCUGCUUCUGCCCUGCCUGAGCUGUCUGCAGGAAGACCUAGCUUUAAUAAAGAGUGGAGAAACAAGCUUUCUGCCUGGACUCUGUGCGUUGCCGCUCCUUGGUGCCCAUCAGGGAUGCUCCAUGAGGCCUCAGGCCCAUUUUAUUUCUGCAAACAUUUUUUAGUUUUCUUUUAAGAAACUAGAAUUGGUCCCAGGAUGGCACAUGAGGAUCUGCUCAAGAUGAAUUUGGCCCUGUGUUGCCUGUACACAAGUCUUGCUGGGGCUCCCCUACACAGCCACACACUUGUAAUACAUACACCUAUCAUGGAGCAUUACUGAGUUUGCGGUUGUUUUGGACAGCCUCCCAGUGAUCAAAGAAAGGGGCUAGGACCCCUUCCUGGUGGUCGAGACCCAUGCCUGAGCCUUUCCUCCAGCCACAGCUCUGCCUUCCAGGUUCCAUUAUCAUAGGCUAGGUGUAUCCUUAGGUCCCCAAAACACCUUCCUUGUUUAUUCUCACCACACAGUAUCCCAGUGAUCAGAUUGUACUUUCCCUAUGGACUUGAAAAAACAGAAGCUAUGAAAUGAGUUUUAUUUACAUGCCUGUGAUUUAGAAAGUCAGGCAUGAUGGUGCACACCUGUAAUCCAAGCUACACAGGAGGCUGAGAUAGAAGGAUCACAAGUCCGAGGCCAGCCUGUGUAACAUAGUGAAGAUCUGGUCUCAGGACAAAAUAAAAACCCAAAAUAUGAUUUGGAGGUAUCAGAACAGAGCAACCUAGUAUGUCAAUUGGGGGGAAAAAGGCUUUUGCAUGGUAGAUGAAUGCCAAAUCCUAGUUAAAAAUGGAUAGGUUUUUGAAUUUCAAAGUCCAUUUUGAAAAGCUAAAUAUUUUCAAUAAAGCUUACAACAGAUUGUCUAAUCAAAUACCUUUUUAAUUUAUGAGGGGAGGAUACCAAUCUAAUGAUCAUAGAAAAACAGUAGACACCCUUUGUUAUAAGGAGGAGUGGAGCCUCAGUGACCUGUGAAAUGUGACCUGCUAAAAUGACACCGCCACCUCUGCCGUUCUCUGUUGCUGCUUCUCUCUUGCCCCUUUUCCCCAGCCACCUUCUUUUUCUGGUUCCUUUUUUCCUGACUUUUCUACUGUAUCUCUUCAAACAUUUCUUUCUCUCUCACACUCUUUUUCUUUCUCCUAACUGGUUACAUAUGGAAUACAGUAUUUUGAAAUUUUGGGUUAUAUCUACUAAAUAAAAAUUUAUGGUCCUUGUUCAUUAUUAA